AUGCAAAGUUUUAUUUUAGGAAGACUCCGGCUCCAGCGACUCACUCCAAAAAUUGUUCCCUUGAACCUUAGAAACUACGCUCGCACUUUUGCUUCAAAGGAAGUCGAAAAUCGGGACGAAGAUGUUGGCAUUACUGGGAGAAGAAGGCGUACCAAAAAUAGAUCCAAGAUCCAUGCUUCUGACCCCGAUGACGAAUUUAUGCAGAUGUGGAGCACAACAGAGGGGUACAUUCAAGAUCAACUCAGAGAAGUCACAAAGGGCGUCAAAAUGUCCAGACGAAAGUACGUGAAAGUGAAUCGACCUAAUGUUAGCACACUGCCCCUUGCGAGUGAACUGACGUUAGACGAGCGGAGUAAAUUGCUAGAAGAUGAUCCCUCUGUGGAUUUUAGAAUCCCUAGAGCAGAAGAUUUUGCAACUCUGACCCCCGUCUUCAAAUCGCUGACAGAUGAGGAAAAUUUCGAAAGUGUGGAAGAAAAUGUCUUGAAAGUUUCUGAAGAUAAACCUGAGAUAGGAUGCAAUGUUGUAGACACUUCAAGAAUUUUUUCAUUCGAAGACUUUAAUCUUCACCCAAAAAUCAUAGAAAAGCUUAAAAAGUAUGAGAUUAUUAACCCAACACCUAUACAAAAGCAAGCAAUACCACUGAUCAUGAGUAGCAAGAGCAUACUGAUUCAGUCUGAGACAGGAUCUGGCAAAACUCUAGUAUUUUUGUUGCCUGCUAUUCAGGAUCCUGGGAAAAGUUUUGGUACAGUGAUUGUGGUGCCAACCAGAGAACUGGCAAGUCAAUUGGUGUUUGAGGCUCAUCGGUUCCUUGGAAAUAAGACUGUGGUGGAAUCUUUUGUAAGUGGGAACUGUCGGUUAUCAUUAACCUUGUUUAUACACUGUAAUACAAAGAACGCCAGUGGUAAGAGAUGCUUAGGCAUAUUUUGCUUAUUGGUACUUUAUUUUGGUGGGUCUUCAAUUUUGCAUUUUUUGUGAUUGCAAAAAAUAUCACAAAAUUUAAGACCCAGAAAUAAAAAUCCUCACGAAAUUUAAUACCCAAACAGAAAAUUCAAAAUAUCACAAGAAAAAAUGAUUUUAAACAUGUAAUAUAAUAAUUAUCCAGACUUUGUAUUGGCAAGUACACAAAUUAUUACAUGUAAAGUUUACUUGUGUCUUUGGUUGUGAAAUAACAUUGAUUUGCAAAGAUUUCACUUAUGACAAGGAGAAUCAUAAAAAAUAUUUUAAAAGUUCAGAUUUUGUUGCACAUUUUCCUCUUGAAAUCACAAAAAUAAGACCCAGCACACCCUCUCCCACCAGAAUAGUGAAAGUACCAAUAAAGAUAAAUGCUUAAAAUUUUCACAGGGGAGGCAUUUACUUAUUUUCCAAUUUUCCCUAAGAAAGGAUGUGCUGCUGAACAGAGUAUGAUUUUAGGUAGCCUGUGAAAACAGCCCUUUCUCCUCGCUCCUGGUGGACGUUUCACGAGGAGGAAUGUCUGCGACUCAGCGACAGAAAUUCUAUACUGAUGACGUAAAGCAAUGUUUACAUAAGAAAUCCGGUAGUCAUGGGGUUCCAAAUGCAACUUUGUUCAACUUUAUGUUUCUCUGGUCCAUUUUGGUAAAGUGUUGUGUUCAUCUGCAAAGGAGCUCCAGCAAAACUCAAAUGCUUCUUCUAAAGAGGAAUAUAUUCCACAAAUAUUGACUGUUUUGUUAUAGAUUCAUCGCAUUUACUUUUGACCUUUGUAGCCUUUUGUCUUUUGUCUGUCAUUCAUAAACAAUCGCUAAAACAAUGUAACUUCUCCGUCGUCCAAUCAGCACUUAUGACUGGAUUCCGGACAGAUCUUACGUCAUCAGUAUGGAAUUUUUGUCGCUGAGUUGCAGACGUUCCUUCUCGUAAAACAUUCUUAGCGGCGUCAGGAGCAAGGAAAACGGUUGUUUUCGCAGGCUAGGUUUUAGGGUAUUUUGUCUUAAGCUGGUUAUAGGACUGCACUAUUCUAAAUUUAGUGCCCGAACCAAGUGUCUGUCUGAAGAUUUUGAACAAUUAAAGGUCCAGCUGGACUAGUGUUGGGAAUCAGCUGAGAUUUCAGAAAUAAAACAAAGUGACAAUAAGAAUUCAUUAUGCAAAUAAAAUAUAAUAAUAUUAUAACUUGUCACUUUAAUCUUACUAGGUGAGUGGUGUGGACAUUGCUAAACAAGAAGCAAGGUUAAAAGAUCGAACCAACAGGCCUUUGAUUGCCAUUGGCACUCCAAAGAGACUAUUGGAAAUCAUUGACAAGGAUCCUUUACUUGUACACAGAACAAAGAGACUUGUGAUUGAUGAAGUUGACAAAACUCUUUUACCCCUUAGCAAGCGGGUUUCAAUAAAGAAGAGAACUCUACGAGAGAACAAUCCCAGGCCUGCCAAGCUUCUAGUGGAGAAGAUAAAAAAAUACUCAAGGGUAAUUAUAAAUUAAUACAGUGAAAUCUAUAUUACGUAGACCACACAAUUUUUUACGCAGAUACCCUCUAGAAACUCUCUAGAAACUCCACUAGAAAAAUCUGCCAGUUUUUCAGGAUCCAUUUGAAACAGCAUUGCUUCCACUCUCCACAAAAACAAAUCUUAAAAACCAAGAUUAUUGAUUUCUGGAAAGGAAACUACCAUACAGAUGUCUGUCAAGUAACUUUUUGAUCAAAAUCCAAAUUAAUACUGGGAAAAUACACCCCCAAAUUCUGGUAGAAAACCAAUAUUUCAAUCUCCAAAACACCUUCUUGACCUCCGCAUCCAGCUUGAUGAAUAAUCUUUCACAUAUUAGCAAAAACCCACUAUGAAUGGUCAUCCUCCUCAACAUCAUCAUUCUGAUCCUCAUCAUCAUCAUCAUCGAUCUUCUUCGUCAUCAAAGUGAUUUUUUUUAACUCCUGGCAGCAUUAUUUACAAUGAUCUACAGUGAAGGGACAUCUUCUUGUUCAGUGACUCAAUCACCCCUCCGCUAGCUUUCUGACAGAGAUUCAAAUUAAUAUUGAUUAAUUUUACAACUGUUGAAUGUUAGGUCAGGCCAGUUCAGCUUAUUGGAGUGUCAGCUACUGUGAAUGAUGAACUGAAAGAAGACUUGUCAGAAUUGGGUUGGGGAGAUCAUGUGACAGUCAUUCAGUCCCCUGCAUCUAAGGGAAAGCGCCAUAGUGUUCCAACCUGCAUCAAACAUCAGUAUGUUGUCUGUGAUGAAUCUUCUGGAAGGUCAAAAGCCCAAACUCUUGCAAGGUAAUUAAUGAACUUUAGUGAUCUGGCAUGUAGAGUUGAUCACUGUCAAGUUGUAGAGCUCUUCUUUCUGUCUAGCCACCAUUUUGCCACACUACCACUGGUUCCCCCGCAAAAGGAUGUCUGAGAAAUGACUACCAGAAUUUUCAUACUGAUGACAUGUCAUUAUUUAAUUGAUAGACAGCACUUUUCAUAAAAUAUAGGCUGUACCCAAAAGGCUGAUCUUUUGGAAUUAUUAUUAUUAUUAUUAUUUAUUAUGGGGUCUUUAGAGUUAUAAUGUUGGUCCUUGUCACCACUCUAAAUCACUGUAGGUUCCAAUGUUCAGGCACAUUGCCUAUGGUAGAAGUGGAAAGCGAUUGAUGUCAUGGGCGAAUUAACGGUUUGGCCGAGGGGAACGCGGCCACCCCUUUUCCUGUGAAAUUUUGCAUUAUUUGUAUAGAAUUUUCAGUAAAAUAAUAUUUAUUUUACUGUGAAUUCUUUAAUAGUACCUAUAGAACUGGCAAGUGUCCCAGACACCCAUUUCCAACUUUCUGGAUCUGCCCCUGAAUGUAAAACUUUAACAAAAUAUAUUUGUUUCAGGAUUUUCAGGGAAUCAAACCAGAAGUCUGCCCUUGUGUUUAUCCACCGACUUCACUCAGUGGACAGUUUUGUUUGGGAGUUAAGAGAUCUGGGUUUAAAUGCAGUCGCUUUUUACAGAAAAGUGGCAAACCAAGAUCCUGAAGAAUUUGAACAGUUUCUUAUGCAGUUUCGUACUGGACAAACAGACAUUGUUGUUGGCACUGAAGAAACCGUAAGGGGUUUGGACUUCAAAGACUUAGAUCAUGUGUAUUUAAUGGAAGUCCCAAAAAAUAUUGACGAGUACUUACACCUUGCUGGAAGAGUUGGUCGUCAGGGGAGACCAGGCACAGCAACCACUUUGGUAUCUCAAGGGGACCAGAGAGAGGAACGAAGAAUUAGGCUGGAAUAUCGAAGGCUUGAGUUGCCUUUUGAAGAAAUUGUUUUGGAUGAAAGUUUUUAA